CUAUGCUAUCGACAGACUCCACUAUGCUAGCAGGCUGGCUAACAGCCUGACCUGCACCAAGAGGGCAUCCCUGCUGUCAGGUCCUGCCUAUCACUCCUAGACAAACAUACAGAGGCAUUUCUUUACACAGGAUAUGACACAAGCAGGAUGUUGUAGGUUUUUAGGCCUCAGUCUAACUUUCUCAGCGGGCAGAAAUUAUACCUAAAUUAAUACUAGAGGGCUUUCGGGUGGCACAUUGUCUGAGUUUGUCUGUAUGUUUUCCCGUGACAUCAAGUGACUUUGGUGUUAAAGGUGUGCACCUCGUCGUUAGACCCUCCCCAUCACAUCACAGGACAUGGGUUUCAGAGAAAAAGACCACAAGCUGAACAUUUUCCACUCGCUUGAGCCAAUCACUGCUCUGCUGCCCUUUAAUGGUGAAGUCGAUCUAGUCACCAUCACGGAAAUACACGCCAGCGACUCUCUGACAACAUCAGACCCUGCUACUCUCCGAUAACAUCAGAACCUGCUACUCAGACAGAUGGACAGGUUGGGGGUUGCUCUCAUCAUAAUCUUAUGCCAACUUGUAGGUGCUGUUUCCUCCAGUCAAGAUGGGAUCUCUGGAUCAGAGGUGGAGCUGAUAGUAAGACCAGGAAACAAUGUGACUCUUUACUGUGACUGCAGGACAUCCACUGGAGUAGAUAUUAUGUGGUAUAGGAACUGCUCUCACAAGCACCAGCCUCCUCUUGUUAUUUCAUCUUACCAGGAUUCUGGUAAAUCCUUAGAAGAAUAUUUUCAAAAUGUUACUCCUCGGUUUACUUUGUUGUGGAACCCUUCUAACAACACCUAUGAUCUACUGAUUGAGAACAUCACUGAAUCUGACCUGGGACUCUACUACUGUGGGACUAUGGAAACUAAGGUGAACAUUGGACAAUCUGUUGAAAAUCAACACUUCUACAGCUAUGGAAAUGUCACCACAAGGCUUUCAUUAGACAUCAGUCCAACCAAGCCCUCCUCCUGCAAUACUGAAGACUGUGGUCUGUGUUGGACUCUGAUGUUCAGUCUGUGUCCUGUGUCUGCGCUCCUCUCCUCUCUCCUCUCCUCCUCCUGUGUUUACUCCUUCUGCAGAAAAAGAAACGCAACAAUGGAGACAGCAGAGGUUCCUCUGAACAGGAUCAACACCACAGGAAGUGGCAGCAGAGAGAAGGAGGAACAAGACCUGUGUUACGCCUCGCUGGAUAUCCGUCAGGGACAGAAGAGACCAAAGAAGAAGAAAGUGCAGAACUCUGACUUCAGUACCUAUUCAGCCAUCAAAUACCAGCAGAGUGUGACCUAAACCAGCCAUCAAUACCAGGAGACAGCCCUUACAGAAAUACAAAUGUUUUUUGUUUAAUUUUAAUGAAAUUAGAGUUCAUACUGUGUAAA